UCACAGAAGUGUUCGGUUACGCGCUUGGUCGGCAGAAGUUUAAUCUUACCUACGAGAUAAGUCUAGAGGCUCUUGGCUCCGUCAAUAAUCAGCAACAAGUUCCGGGCUUCUUUCAUUAAUAACUGCUGUACCGGACUGGAUCGUUUUGAAAGAAAUGUGGGCACGUUUGAAAGUGACAGUCUCGAGUGAUUUUACUUUAAGUUUUAGGUGUUAGUUUAAGGAAAAUUGUAUAUUAAAGUGUGCCACCGAGGAUGGAACACCGAACGACAGAGAUCUCCACAAAACAUAUAGAGGCAUCAUCUUGUGAUGGAGAGCUAUCCAGCAUCAAGUCGAUGACACAUCCAGAGAAAAAGGAUGAAAAUAUUAAUGAAACUUUACCCCAGUGUACAAGUUUUCCUGCAUCAACGAUCAUUAGAUGUCGGCAGAAACUAUCAGAAUUACAAUCAAAAUAUAGUCAAACGCAAGGACAAUUUCUAAGACUGUCUUUACAUUUAGCAUUAAUAGUCUAUUUUAUCGCUGUAGUUUUCCAUUGGAAAAACACUCACAAACCCAUAAACUGGUGUAAUGGCACUGGCUUCAUGACACUAAUCAUUACAGUUUUCUAUUGGACGAUAUUCUACUACAACAUCUUCAAGCCAUUCAUUCUUCCAUUUCUCUCAAAUAUUGGUAGACUGAAACACAGCUGUGUUAUUUUCAGGUAUAUUAAGUUGAGUUGCUGGGUUGCAAUAACGAUCUUAUUGACGAUUUUCAUUAUUGUGGAUACAGCAUCAGAUAGGAGAAGACUCAUCUCUCUCGCCGGUCUUUUCUUCUUCAUUUUCAUCGGAUUUAUUUUCUCCAAACAUCCGGGGCAUGUCAAAUGGGGCCCCGUGGUGGUUGGUAUUUACAUUCAACUGUUGAUGGGCCUCCUGGUGAUACGCUGGAAUUUGGGCAGGAACAUCAUCGAAUGCGUCGGCCAUCAGAUCGAGGCUUUUCUCGAAUUUGCCAAUGUUGGUGCCGAGUUUGUCUACGGAAAACAGCUCAUCCGAACAGCUCCCGUCUUUGCAUUUCAGGCGUUGUGUAGCGUAUACUUCCUCAACUUCAUCUCGCAAAUCCUUUUCUAUUAUGGCUGGAUGCAAAAGAUUUGCUUGAUAUUCGGGGUUUUCCUCAAAUCGAUUCUGGAUACCACAGUCGUCGAGUCCGUUUACACUUGCGCGAGUGUUUUCUUGGGUAUGAAUGAAGCACCAUUGCUGGUUACGCCGUAUUUAAAAUAUUUAACGGUGUCUGAGAUCCACGCUGUCAUGACCGGCGGGUUUGCAACCGUUGCAGGCUCUGUAUUUGCCGCAUACAUAUCGGUUGGUGUGGAUCCCGCACACAUUGUUACGGCAUCCAUCAUGUCUGCCCCAGCUGCGCUAUCGUACGCGAAGCUAAUAUACCCGGAAACUGAACACUCCACAACUGCAGUCGACAAUAUUGCUGACGUUAAAAGCGAUGAAUCGAAUGUGAUUGAAGCUGCUUGCAAGGGAGCGGCAGCCGGAAUCGAGCUUGUGUUGAGGAUCGUAGCGACAGUCCUCUGUUUCGUUGCUUUUGCCACCUUCGUCAACGGAUGCCUUGGGUGGCUGGGACUUCUAGUUGGAGUCGAGGGACUUAGCAUGGGAAGUAUAUUGGGAACCAUGUUCAUUCCAGUCGCUCUGAUAAUGGGAGUCGAUCCGGCCCAAAGCUACGAAGUCGCUCAAUUGAUUGGAAUAAAAACAUCUUUGAAUGAGUUUAUCGCCUACGAAAAACUGGGAGAACUCAAGAGAGAAAACAAGUUAUCGGCUAGAUCUGAAGCGAUCGCAACAUUUGCAUUGUGCGGAUUCUCGAACCCUGCAGCGAUGGGAGGUCUCAUCGGAACUCUGUCGACACUCUGUCCUGAACAAACGCAGAACGUCACUAAAGUAGCCUUCCGUGCGGUCAUCGCUGGGAGCAUCACGUGUUUCAUAACAGCUUGCGUUGCGGGUCUUCUCAUUCCUGAGGACGGAUUUUCAGCGGACGCAUGAACUUGAAUAUUCAGGCAAAAAAGUUUAAGCUAUCUGAGCAUGAAAUGUUCUAAUGUUGGCUAAAACGAAUCCUUUCGGAUGGCUAUUUAUGGACAUAAAAAAUACUCAAACUAUUGUAAAAAUUUCAAUAAAUUCGUAUUGUUUUAAGACUU